GGUCUGUUUUAAAUUGAACCGAGUUUCCGGAGCCAUCUUUACUCCUGGUGGGGAACUUGCUGAAGCCAGGAACUUUAAAAGCUAACUAGCGAGCUAAACUGAUGUCAGCAGAGACAGUAUGGCGAUGACUGGCCAGAGCUCGUUUGCCUCGAUGAGUAACCACACCAAGGAACGGGUCACCAUGGCUAAAGUGACCUUGGAGAAUUUCUACAGUAAUCUCAUUGCUCAGCAUGAGGAGAGAGAGAUGAGACAGCAAAAGUUGGAGAAGGUGAUGGAUCAGGAGGGCUUGGCUGAUGAAGAGAAACGGAUUCGUCGCUCUGAGCAUGCACGGAAGGAAACAGAGUUUCUGCGUUUAAAACGCACACGGCUUGGACUGGAGGACUUUGAGUCGUUGAAGGUGAUUGGCAGAGGAGCUUUCGGAGAGGUCCGUCUGGUGCAGAAAAAAGACACCGGGCAUGUAUAUGCCAUGAAAAUACUCCGUAAAGCUGACAUGUUGGAGAAAGAACAGGUGGGUCAUAUCCGUGCUGAGCGAGACAUCCUGGUGGAAGCAGACAGCCUCUGGGUUGUCAAAAUGUUCUACAGCUUCCAGGAUAAGAUGAACCUCUACCUCAUCAUGGAAUUUCUCCCAGGAGGAGACAUGAUGACCCUGUUGAUGAAGAUGGACACUCUGUCUGAAGAAGCCACUCAGUUCUACAUUGCAGAGACGGUGCUGGCCAUCGACUCCAUCCACAAGCUGGGUUUCAUCCACAGAGACAUCAAACCUGACAAUCUGCUGCUGGAUGCUAGAGGGCACGUGAAGCUCUCGGACUUCGGUCUGUGCACAGGACUGAAGAAGGCUCACCGCACAGACUUCUACAAAAAUCUAAACCACAGCCUGCCCAGUGACCUCAGUAAGCAAACUUUUCAGAAUAUGAACUCUAAGAGGAAAGCAGAGACCUGGAAGAGGAACAGGAGGCAGCUGGCCUUUUCCACUGUGGGAACCCCAGAUUACAUCGCACCAGAGGUCUUUAUGCAGAACGGAUACAACAAGUUGUGCGACUGGUGGAGCUUAGGUGUAAUUAUGUAUGAGAUGCUGAUAGGUUACCCUCCAUUCUGCUCAGAGACGCCUCAGGAGACCUACAGGAAGGUGAUGAACUGGAGAGAGACGCUAACCUUUCCUCCAGAAGUGCCAAUAUCAGAGAAGGCUAAAGACCUCAUUCUCAGGUUCUGUUGUGAGGAGGAGCACAGGAUUGGUGCAGCAGGUGUGGAGGAGAUAAAAUCCAACCCUUUCUUUGAGGGGGUAGACUACGACCAUAUCAGAGAAAGACCUGCUGCCAUUCCCAUAAACAUCAAAAGUAUCGACGACACGUCCAAUUUUGAUGAGUUCCCUGAAUCUGAUAUCCUCACGCCAACAACCACCCAAGUGUCCAAUCACACCGAGGCUGAUCUGAAGAACAAGGACUGGGUCUUCAUCAACUACACCUACAAACGCUUUGAGGGCUUGACGGCUCGAGGAGCCAUCCCGUCCUACAUGAAAUCAGGAAAAAGAUGAGCUCCUUCUGACUGGCUGUCACUGAACCCUGGAUUAGGCGUCUGAGCUGCUGCUGUGUGGAGACAGAUGUCUGCUGAGUUAUCAGAGUAGCGCUGAGCACAUAAACAACACAGCUCAUCCUCAUUCGUGGUUCUCCAUAGGAACCUUCAUUAAAACUUGCUGCCUUCGCUUUGUUCAAAGCCUUUGAGGGUAACUCUUCACUUCCUGUUCAUACAGACUGAACUGGGAUUAGCAAGAUUUUCUCACUUUCUGCCCUAACGGAUGUUAUCAUUGUCUCCAAAUAACCAGCAUCAUUUACAUUCCCUCUCUGUACCAGCCUCAGUCUGAUGGAUCUACCAAGGGCUCUUCUUCCCAACCAGAGCGUUCUCAUUAACUCUUCUGGGGACGUCGCAUUAAGUUGUCACUUUGAAGUGAAUCUGGUGCUCUUCAGGGAUUCUGUCCACAUUGCGUGUUUCUUUUCUUUCCAGCAUCACCUAACCAAAGACUGAAUGAUGUUUCUGCUUGAUCUUCCUUUUGGAACUUUUUCCAACUCCAAGUUUGUAUUUUUUCUAGAGUCCAGAUUUGAACCAUUUGCUCUUUAACAAAUGUAGUUGAAUUAUGCAUUUUGUGGAACGAACACAAGGCUUGUUACAUUUUUGUGAUGAAGCAUGUUACCUUCAGCACCUUAGGUGAUGUGGAUGAAACCUCUGCACAGUUAGGCCUCAAGCUCUUAGAUUCUGUUUUGGCUCAAGAUUUGGGGUCUAUAGCUCAAAGUUGCAGUUUCAGAAAUAUUUCAUUUAAGCAAUUAAGUAGAUUUCAUUGUAUUUUUUUUUUUUAAUCAAGCAGCCAUUGAAAUCUUUUAGUGUAAAGCGCUUCUUUAAAACGAGCAAGACUUUAACUUGCAGUUAUUUUUAUUUCAUAUUCCAAUAGUUCAUAGUCAUUGUUUCGCAAGUUUAAGACAAAGACAGUCUAAAAUAUCCAAGAAUACUUUUCUCUAAGAUUACAUUUUUUUUCAAAGACAACAAGUCCCAGACUAACUUAUCCAGAACUGAAUUACUUACAGUUGCUAGGUGUAAGAGCAGAAACCUGCACUUCAUGUCGGAAAGGUUGUGGCCGCCUCCCAGCUGAGGAAGGUGGUACAGCAGGAGUUCUUAUAGCAGGUAUAAAAUAAUCCUAACUACGUUCAGACACAGACCUCUAAACUCGCUGCACCCUGUCUAAGAAUCUGAUGGAGUCAUUUAAUUUAAAAUGCUUAAUUGACUGGUUGAUAUAUGGCUAAAUGGAAUUAACACAUCUAGACUCAAAACAUGAACUGCUGUUUUCUAACUAAAAGGGUCAAACUCCCAGCAGCCUCCAAAUUAACCCGUAGACUCUGAACUCCUACCUUAUCCAUCCUACCUACCCUGGCAGAUUCUCCUUCAAAGUAAUUUUCAUUUUACUUCCAUAUUUCUGACUGGUGGUCAUAUUAGUGGCCCUGCCAGAAUCCAGAUAUGAAUUGGAGUGUGCUAAUGAUUAGGGUGAUGACAAAGGGGACAUCCAGUCUCAAAGACUAGAUGCUCACCCUAAAAUAUUAAAGACAAAAGCUGGUCAUCAGGUCUGAAAAGGGCUUGAUUGCUAUGAUGCAAGUAAAGGCUUGUCCACUCAUUACUGGGCUGACAUUUUGGUUAAAAUGUAAAUAAAAGCAAGCAUUUUAUCUCCAAAUUGAUGGCCCUAUUAUGGUAGAUGCCGGUUUUAAUUUCCGAUCAGAAGCAAACUUCCUGGUUGAAUAAAUAUAAAAUUGGAUAUGUAAAGAGAAACGCCUAAACCAUGAGAACCGAAUAUAGUUGAAGAACGUUUCUCCCCGUCCCUUUCUGUAAGGGUAACCCUUCAUCCCCUUCUGUUCCCAGAGCCUCUUUCAUUCAGAAAACAGGAAUUCACUUUGGGUUCGCUCGAACCAUUUGCUGCCGGUCUAAUUGUGUCGAACUGUCAGGGAAACUCUUCCACUACGGCUUGUCAGGUUUCCUCUCUGAGAAUGUGUGAGUGUACUGGUUUGUUUCAGGUAAACCCUCCUGAAAGCUAACGAAAAACUGCACCAGCAGAGCCAGCGUGGCUGGUUUAGUAGCACAGGGCUGAAAACGUUCCAGUGAACACAAUAUCCAAGAUGCUGUCCUUUUUCCAAAUGAAUGUAAAUGAACUUUUUGCAGUUUUUUUUUAUAUCCACAGGAGUUUAAAUAUGUUGCUGUAAAUGAAGCCUGGACCACAUUUGUUUUCCUUUUAUUUGGAGCUUGACACUUUAAGGUGUGGUGUAAAUAGUUCUGGAAGCCCAUUUCUGCUGGCUGACACCAGCAGACUGAGGGAGUAUGAAAAGUAAUUAUUGAAGUCAAACGUUUGGCUUUUCCCCCCUAAAAAGUGACAAAGAAACCAAAAUGAAAAAUGUUAAGAAGGUGACAAUCUGACAUCCCUCGUUCUGGAAAGACAGAAGUUUUAGGUGACCUACAACAAAAAUGUGGAUCUUUUAUUCUGAUUUUCAACAGAUUAGUUUUUAAAUCUCUCAUUCAGCAGGAAUGGUCUUCCAUAUGAGCUGUGUUUGUGAUAUAGUGUGUUCAGGUAGUGUGUACAUGGGAAGCAGCACAUUAUGUUUUUAGAUAGGCAUGUGGUGGAGCUUUUUAUUUAAUUCUAUAUAUAUUAUUUUAAACUGCUUGUGCUAUUGAUGAGCUCACGCUUUUCAGGCUUAAACCAAACGGCGACAUGUACGCUGAAAGCAAUACAACACAGUGAUUUCUGGAAAUGUGUGGGUGAGAUUUUAGUUUGUGGGACAAGACGGAAUGUGGAUCUGUCUGGGGUUUUGGCAAAAGUUGCUCGUGUGUGCAUGUUGCGUCUGAGCGUGACGGAUGGGACCUGGGAAGCUGAGUGUACAAUAUUUAAACUGCUUGGUAUGUAUUGUGUGACUGGUGUAUUGUUUUCUGCUGUUUGACAAUGAAUUACUCUGCACUUAA